AUGGAGGGAAAGAAAGUUGCGACGGUGACUUCAAAGCUCGAAGUUGCGAUGGCAGCAGUAGCAAGCCGGUGGUUGGACGGAAGUCAGGGAGUGAGGGAGGAGCUUGAUGACGAUGAGAGGAAGGAGCAACUCAAGGUCAAGGGUGAUGGGGGAGUGCUGCGCAUUUUGCCGUUUUGGAGUGAGGGUUGGGGGAAUAGGAUGAUUACUUCAAUACCUAAGGCACUGGUCCAAAAGUGGAGUGGUUUGAUUGUUCAGUUCCAAAUGACAACAGUAAAUCAUAUUCAAGAACUAAGCUUUUCGCUAGAAGCCUUUAGAUUCAGAACCAUAGUUGAGAUUCUCAACACUGAUAAGAAUCAACAGAGCGAUUUAUUUGAUGUGAUUGCGGAGGUGGUUAGUAAAGAGGACUCCAGGGACUUGCUUAUCACUAAGGGAAAAGAGACUAAACAUUUGAUAGUUGUUUUGGAAGACUUAGAGCACAACAAGAUUGACUGCAUUUUGUUCGGAAAGAUGGUUAAUCAAAUACUCCCACAUCUUGAGGCUGGAACAGGGGAACCUGUGAUUGUUCUGCUACAAUUCAUCAAGGCUAUACGGUUAUUUAGUGAUGCACCAGCAACUUCUUCAGUCAGGAUUAGCCAGAACUCAUCACAAAGCGGAUGGUCUGCUGUUGAUGAACUAACACAAGGUGAUAUAGCAAUGAAAACUAUUGAACAAGUGCUUAACUGUGAAAAGAAAGAUUGGUAUUACAAGUCAUGUAGAAACUGUCUGAAGAAAGUGGAUACUCCCAUUGGAGAUAAAUAUGAGGAGUGUGGCAAGUGUGGCCACAUCCAUGGAAGUGAUGCACUCAGGUUCAAGAUUGAAGUGAUGGUGUAUAAUGGUACUGGAAGCAUUAGUUUACUACUUUGGGAUAGAGAAAUGUCCGACGGUGAUAAUGAGUAUCCAUCCACUCUUAAUAACAUAAUAGACAAAAAACUGCUACUUAAGCUAAAUGUAAAGUUUGCGAAUAUAAAACAGUUUGUCCAUAUUUAUACUGUGAUGAAAAUAUGUGAUGAUGAAGAGAUUAUUGAAAAGAACACGCAAAGUGUGCUAUCAACUGAACCAUUCACUAACAACACUGAAGGUGGGUGUAGCAACUUGGUGCAUGUUUCAGGGGAUGUUGUUAAUCUCGAGAAUGAUUGUGAUCCUGAGUAUAAUCUGGAUGUUAUAGAGGAAUCUAUUUCAAGCCUCAAGUGUAAAACACCAGCAAAAAGAACUUCCCAACAGCUUGAAGUGUGUCUCCCAAUUUGUGAAUGA